UCUACCCCCAGUCAUUUGUGGAGCCAACCCCCGUUCUGCUAAGACGCAAAUUGGUACCAAACCAAUUUCCCUAGCCCUACCCUCCGGAGCACUCCUGAUGUUCGCCGGCCGUCCGUGAAGGUAGGUUGCCGUCGUGAUCCAGCCCUGCAACCCCUGUUCGGUGACGGAUCAUGGCUGCUUCGUGGAGCGCAGCGUCCGUUGUCUCUGCAUCUGGAGGUGAUUUUCAGGAAGGGUCCGUUUGGUUGCCGUCGUUGGGUUCCCCUCUGCCUUCAGCGGUCGGCUCGGUUCCCAUUCUUUGCCGCCAUCGAUCGAUCGGCCUUCACCAGUCGCGUAAGUCGCUGUUGAACGUUGGAGGUCGCCUAAGCGUUUGCGCGGAAGCCACGUUGCUCUCCCCCGACGGCUGGGUCGACACCGCGAGCCACCCCCGCAUGUGGUACUGGUAGCUUAUGUCGCCUCCGUGAGUUUCCCAAACCCGCCACCCGACAUUACACCCACGCAGCACCAAUACCCUGCUUCAACGUCGACAACUUCCAAUUAGCAACACAAGAGGUAACAGUUUGAUUUGGUAGUUGAUUCGUUCGAACACUAGGGAGGCCGAGCUUAAGCACUUCCGAGCAAGUCGUCAACCGGGAGGAAGAGCUUUACGUCGGCCAAGGUCAAACACCGCGGCGGGAAUACCUGCAAAAGAUACUCCGACGCUCAAGUUAGUAAUAAUCUCAGAGAAAAGAGAGAGAGUAAUUAAGUGAGAGUGAAAUAAGUGAAUAUGAGAACUGAUAGUGGAACCUGAUUUUAGCCGAGACUAUUAGUCCGGAUUUAUAGGGAUUGUUUUACCGUUUUCAUAUGGAUAAGUCCUAGUUUAUAGGUUGGUUAUGAUAUUCUGUUUAGGUGCUAUAAACCAGCUGAGCACGUUUCUUAUUUUCAGCUGGGUGAUGCUGCUUCGGUCCUGAUCACGUGCUGAGCUUUUCGGACGGCUGAUACGGGACCGAGCUUUAUGAUGCACGUGCCGAGCUUACUGUGCAACCGAGGAUAAGGGUGACGUAUCAUAACCCCCAAGCUUGCCUUGGUGUGGACAGGACUAAGGCGAGCUUUCGGACCAAGAAUACUGUAAUCCUCGGUUGCCGAGUUUCGUUUGUCGCCUAUGGUCCUUGUAGCCCCCGAGCUCGGCUUAGUUCUGCUGAGAAUGCAGAACGUUUUUAAAUGGCUUCAAAUUUUGCGCCAUUGAUGUGAUUGAUGUGAAAACCGCUCCGCUUCUCUAGGCACCCCUGUCCAUUGGAUUCUGCAGUGGAUUUAAUGUCUCCCUCUUUUUUGCCACUCUGAAUUAAAUGUAUAGGGUGAGUAACCGUUUCUUUUGUGUGACUUAUGUUACUUGUACAUUCUUUUUCUUUUCCAACUACUGUAUUGUGGGAUUAAGGUCAUUUUCUUCUCCGUGUCUGAAAAAUGAGCAAGCAAGGUCAGUGUUGACUCUUUUCUUCUUUUGUCUUCAUCUUCUUGCUUUUUUCUUUCCUUGUUUCUGAUGGAGAAAUAUAAUGUGGGUAGUUUGUAUGACUGGGUUGACGUUAGAGUAAGAGAACGCAAGUCCCAAUUUGAUGAUGAAGAAUCUGUGAAGCUAUUGGGGUCGGGUUUUUGGGUUAGGCCUGGUAAUAAUAUUAGGGUUGAGUUGUUACCUUGUGGUAAGGAGGAUCGUGUUUGUGACCGACUAGAUGAUUGGUCUUAUUUUUAUAUGUAUAGUUGCCUUUUUACUGAACUGGGGGUGAAGCUUCCUUUCACUGAGUUUGAGUGUGGGGUUCUGUACUGGCUGAAUUGUGCCCCGACGCAACUUCACCCUAACUCUUGGGGCUUUGUUCGGGCGUUUGAGGUAUUGAUGGAGCUGUUAGACCGUUUGCCAUCUCUUAGGCUAUUUUUCUCUUUAUUUCAGGCGAAAGGGGUGAAUAGGGGUUUGUGGGUGAAUCUUAGUAAUUAUCCUCGUCGGGCAGUGUUUGGUCUGUACAAAUCUUCAUUUAAGGACUUUAAAUCGAUGUUUGUUAAAGUUAGGAGUGUGCCUGAGGAGUUUCCUUUUUACCUGAACGAGCAUUUAGUUGAAAGGUUUCCUUUAUUUUGGUGUGCCGAGCCUUACCAGGCCCUGGAUGUAGAUGAUAGGUUACUGGAAGAUGAUAUUGUUAUGGAUUUCUUGUUUAAGUCUCUGGGUCCAAAGGGUUUGUUGUCAGUUGCCGAGAUGUUGAAGUGGGAUACCAAUAGGCAGGCUGUUUAUGAUCAUAUAGCUGAGAGGGCUCCUGCGAUUACCACUGCCGGGUUGAAGUCUUAUUUCAAUCAGCGUAGGAAAAGCGAGAGAGAAGUUUCAUCUAACGUGGGGAAAGGGCCUGCUGCUGUGGUAGCCCAGUAUGGUCCUGGGCCGAGGUCUAAACGAAAGAGAGGUCAAGCUAAGGGUAGUCUUGCCGAGGUAUUGGAUGGUAAGGGAGAGUCAUCGCUGAUACUUCAAGCGGUUGAGUCUACGUAUGAAUCGCAGAAGAGACUUCACGGGUAUGAUGAGAAUGAGCAUGGCCGAUCCUUAUGGGCGAAGCUCUAUCCUUUUGGUGUUAUGGCUGAUGAACUUUGCUGUUUUCCGGGCGAUAUGAAAAUGAUUGAUGAGGUGGGCCGUGCUGGCGUCAGUCGAUUUCUUCAGGUUAUUGGUGCUCGGGUCGUCGCCAUUGGUCGGUCUCAUGAGCUCGCCUUAGAGCGGGAGAAAAAAGAAGCUACACAUCUGGAGGAGUUGUCUGAAAUUAUCCAGAAAAAAGAUGAUAAAAUUGUUGAGCUGUCUUCCUCCAUUGAGAAGAGAGAGCUUAAAUUUGCUGAGGAGCGGAAACUGCACGAGGCUUCUUUGAAGAACACGAAGUCUGAGGUCGAUCGGUUGUCUACUCGGAUCAAAGAGUUAGAAGGCGGGGUUUAUAAGGCCUUUGCCCAAGGGUUUGACCGCGCUGUUUCUCAAGUCAAGGUGUUGUAUCCCGAGGCUGAUCCUUCAAAGCUCGAUGUUAUGAAGGUUGUUGUUAAUGGAGAACUUAUGGAAGAUGAAGGUGCUGCUGGAAGUGAGAGUGAGGGAUCCAGCAUAGGUGAUAAGAUAGAGUAGUUUUUUAGUAUUUGUCUUGUUAAUGCUUGUAGUAUCUUUGGAGCUUGUUGCUAUUUUGUUUUUGAACUUUUUUCUGAAUGUUUAACAGUGAUGUUUUGUGUUCCGAGUAUAUAGCUCGGUUUGAAACAAAUAGCUUUGAUUAAUGUGAUAUAUAUUUUGGUUAGACUAUAGUGGUGUGCCGUUAUGAGAAAAUGACUGUUUUGUGUUUACUGACGGUGGUUGAAACCACUCUUUGUUUGAUUGAUCUGUUGAUUAGGAUAGUAGAGGCUUUAAUGUACUGUUUUGAUGAUCCCUUAGGAUUCGAUCGAAAUAACUUGUUUGUUGUAUUUACAUGUGCUUCUCCGAGUAUUAUUAUCGGAAUGCGCGCGUUGUUCUCCGAGUAUAAAGCUCGGAUUAAUUUUAAAUAUUCAUUUGUUAGAAUGCGUGGUAGGGACCAAUGUAGAAAAUGUUAGUAUGUACUUGUCCGAGUAUUAUGCUCGGCAUGCGCAUGUUGAAUUCCGAGUAUGAAGCUCGGAUUAGUAUGUUCGUUGGGAAAAGCUUUGACUUGUUUUUGUGGUGGAGGUUUUCCGAGGAAUAAGCUCGGCUCGUGAUGUUAGGGUUCCGAGGAUUAUGCUCGGAUUAUUUGAAGUGUUUACUAACUGAAAUGUAUGCUAACUGUCAAAAUGAGAACCGUUUUGAUUGCACAUUAAGUUGUAUGGGUACAAUGAUUUGUUGCGUCCGGCCUCGUUAAAACCCUCUCCAAGUAAAACCCAUGUAUUUUGGGAGAAAACCUUCGGAUGGAAAAAAGAGUACCAUCAUUCGCAAAUUACAGACUACAUCAUGACUGAUAUUUCCUUAGGGAGGAGAUGUUCCAUGUCCCUGGAAGUUGAUCUCCUUGAAGGGUUUCGAGCUUGUAAGCCCCCUUUCCGAGAUUUUGGAGUACUCGGAAAGGCCCUUCCCAGUUUGCCGCCAAUUUGGCGUGUGCCGGAGGUUUCCGGGCUUCUUUUGUGCGUCUGAGUACGAGGUCUCCAUUGUUGAAAGACCUAUGAACUACUUUUUUGUUGUGUCUCUGCUCUAGGUAUUGUUUUCUGGCUCGCUGCUUUAUGGCGGAAAUGUCUCUUUCUUCUUCUACAAGGUCCAAUUCGGCUGUCCGAGCUUGUAGGUUAUUAGAUUGAUCAUACAGCUCGGUCCUUAAUGUUGGGACACUGACCUCUACUGGAAUAAGUGCUUUCGCGCCAUAUACCAAUUUGAAAGGAGUCUCUCCUGUGGUAGAUUGAAUGCUGGUAUUGUAACUCCAUAGAAUUUCUGGAAUGAGGUCGGCCCAUUCUCCCUUAGCGUCACCGAGCUUUUUCUUUAAUCCCUGCAAGAUAAUUCUGUUAGCUGAUUCAACUUGUCCGUUAGUUUGCGGGUGCUCUACUGAGCUGAAAUGAUGUUUGAUGUUAAAGUUUGUUAGAAAGGCAGCGAGCUUAUGAUCUGUAAAUUAUUUCCCGUUAUCCGAGAUUAUCUCUCUUAGGAUACCGUAUCUGCAUAUGAUAUUUUUCCAUAAAAAAGAUCGUACUUUUUCUGCCGUUAUGUGUGCUAGUGGCUGUGUCUCUAUCCACUUAGAGAAAUAAUCUAUUGAAACCAAAAGGAACUUUACCUGGCCUGGCGCUUUCGGGAAAGGUCCGAGGAUAUCUAAUCCCCACCUAUCGAAAGGCCAGCUUACCUCUAUGGUAUGGAGUUCUUCGGCCGGGGUCUCCGAGAGGGUGGCGUGCUUUUGACAAUUAUCACAUGCCUUGACUUUGGAGAUGCAGUCCCGUUUUAUUGUCGGCCAAAAAUAUCCUGUUCGCAGGAUCUUUGCUGCUAAAGCUCGGCCGCCAAUAUGGUUGCCGCAGACUCCUUCAUGUGUUUCGGCCAUGACAUCCUCGGCCUCCUCCCAGCUGAUGCAUUUAAGGAGUGGUCGGGAGUGUCCUCGUCUGUACAAAGUGUUUAUUAGCACUGUAUAGAAGCUUGCUCUUCUUCGGAAGAGCGGCAAGUUCGGCUCGUCAUUUGGCAUAGUGCCUGUGUUGAUGUAAUCAAGAAAAGGUGUUCGCCAAUCUGGGACCUGUGUAAUACUCAGAAUUGUAUCCUGCUCAAAACUUGGUUUGUCAAGUGUUAGCUGGGACAGUGCCGAUGUGUUUUCGGCUUGCCGAGUUGUGGCUAACUUAGAUAACACAUCGGCCCUGGUGUUUUGUUCUCGGUUUACAUGAAUAAUAUCAAAUUCUUUAAAUUUUGAAAUUAGAUCCUUUGUUAUGAGCCAAUAUUUCUCUAACAAAGGAUCUUUUACCUGGAAUUCGCCCUUUAUUUGAUGUACCACUAACGAAGAAUCGCAGUAGGCUGUUAUUCGAGGUAUUUGCAGUUGUAGGGCGAGCUUUAGUCCAGCGAGUAGGGCCUCAUAUUCUGCCUGAUUGUUACUUGUGUUAAAGCGGAAUUGUAGUGAUUGCUCGGCCACCACUUUAUCUCCUUCCUUUAGUAGAAUUCCUGCUCCACUGCCCUCUUUGUUUGACGCUCCAUCCACAUGCAUGCUCCAACUGACCUCUGUAUAUUAUGUAUCGUUAGUUAUUUCUGAUAUGAAGUCGGCUAGCACCUGUGACUUUAGUGUCUUUCUUGGUUCGUAUUGAAUAUCGAACUCAGAGAGCUCGAUCUCCCAUUUUAUUAGUCUACCGGCGAGCUCGGGUCUGGUUAGUAUCUGCCUUAGCGGUUGGUCUGUUCGUACUAUGAUUGUGUGGCUCUGGAAGUAGUGUCGCAGUCUUCUUGCCGUGGUGACUAGAGCCAGCGCCAAUUGUUCUAUCUUCGGGUACCUUGUUUCUGUUGGUUGUAGCACCCUGCUGAUGAAGUAUACUGGGUUUUGCUUUCUUCCUGUUUCUAUUACUAAUACCGAGCUUAUAGCGUGGUUAGAUACUGAUAGGUAUAAACACAAUGGCUUACCUGUCUCUGGUUUUUGGAGGAUUGGUGGUGAUGUUAGGUUCUGUUUGAGCUCGGUAAAAGAGUUCUCACAUUCGUCUGUCCAGGUGAACUUCUUGCCUUUAGAGAAUGUCUGAAAGAAAUGAUAAGAUCGGUUUGCCACUGCUGGUAGGAAACGAGAUAAGGCAGCUAUUCGUCCUGCUAGUUGUUGGACUUCUUUUAUCGUCUUUGGGCUUGUCAUGUUCAGUAUGGCUUUACAUUUUUCUGGGUUGGCUUCGAUGCCUCGUGAGGUUAGCAUGAAUCCGAGGAAUUUCCCUCCUUGGACUCCGAAAGCACAUUUGUCCGGAUUAAGUCUCAUGUUGUAUGCUCGGAUUUGUCUGAAUAUUUCUACCAAGUCAUCACAGUGUGACCCUUGUGCUGGUGUUUUUGCUACCAUAUCAUCUACAUAGACUUCCAUAUUCCGGCUUAUCUGCUGUUGGAAUACUUUGUCCAUUAACCGUUGAUAUGUAGCACCUGCAUUCUUUAAGCCAAAAGACAUUACCUUGUAAAAAAAAUUUCCAUGUUCUGUUAUAAAAGCCGUUUUGCUUUGGUCUUCUGGGUGCAUCAGAAUCUGGUUAUAGCCAGAGUAUGCAUCCAUAAAACUCAAAGCUUUGAAACCAGAGGCGUUAUCAACUAAUUUAUCAAUGCAAGGCAAUGGGUAUGCAUCUUUAGGACAUGCUUUAUUUAAGUUUGUAAAGUCGACGCACAUGCGCCAUUUACCUGAACUCUUCCUUACCAUUACUACGUUGGACAACCAUGUGGUGAAGCGAAUUUCUCUGAUAAAACCUGCAUUGAGGAGCUUCUGGGUUUCUUCGAGUGCUGCUUGUCUUUUCUCCUCUCCGAGGUUUCUUUUCUUCUGUGCAAUUGGUCGGAUUGUUUUGUCAAUUGCUAGCUUGUGGCAGAUGACUUCUGGGUUUAUCCCGUGCAUGUCAUCUGGUGUCCAUGCGAAAAGGUCGGCGUUCUUACGCAGUAUGUGAAUGAGUCUUGCUCGGUCUGCCCCUUCUAACGCUUCUCCAACAUAUGUGCAUUGUUUCUCGUCUGCUGUUAAUGUUACCUGUUGAAGAUUGUCCAUUGGCCGAGGUCUUUCACCGAGAUCUUUCCUAGGGUCUAGGUCAGCCAGUGUCACAGAGUUGGCAGACGUGUGGAUUGCUUGAACCUGGGGUCGAGCUUCCUGUUUUGUUUGGACUGGUUUUAGACCGGUGUUGUAGCAUUGCCGAGCUUCUCGAUGAUCGGCGUACACCGUAGCGAUCUUGUUUUCCUGCACUGGAAACUUGGCACACAGAUGUAAUGUGGACACCACUGCUCUGAAUGUAUUCAGGGCGGGUCUCCCAAGUAUAAUAUUGUAAGGGCUGUAACAGUUUACUAUUAGGUAUUGAAUAUCAAUUGACUUUGACAUAUGGAUUUCUCCCAUUGUGGUAUUUAGCCAUAUAUGUCCCAUGAUGGGGACUCUCUCUCCGGAGAACCCAAUUAGCUCUCCGGAGGAAGGUUGUAUCAAUUUUUCAGAUAAUUUCAUUUUUGUAAAGGUAGCGUAAAAUAAAACAUCAGCGCUACUACCUGGAUCUAAUAAUGUCUUUCUUACCAACAGUUCUCCGAUUUGGAUUGAAAUUACCACGGGGUCGUCGAGGUUAGGGCUUGCCGAUUUGAAAUCUGCUUGGUUGAAGGAUAUUGUGACAUCUGAUCCCUUGUCUUUCCUUGGUUGUAUGGUUCCUUCGAUUGCUAGCAUUGCUCUGUAGCUUCGUUUCCUGGCCGACCUUGUCUCUCCUCCGCCUGCGAAUCCUCCUGAUAUGUGGUUAAUGACUCUUCUUGGUGGAUCAGGAGUCGUCCUCUCUUUUUUGUCGUCGGCCUUUGCCUGCUCUAUCCUGUCCGAGUUUCCUCCUCUGCCCUUCCGCGUCUCGAUAUAUUUGUCCAAGAGCCCUUGGCGUGCUAGCCUUUCCAGGAGGUCCUUUGCGACGAUGCAGUCAUCCGUAGUGUGACCGAACUUUCGGUGGAAAGCACAAUGCUUUGUCUUAUCCACGAACCUUUGAUCCUGGUAGUUCCCUGCUCGGGCUGGUGGCUUUAUGAUUCUGGCGUUGAGGAUUUCUCUGAUGAUGUUUUCUCUUCUGGUAUUGAAUCUGGUGUAUGUGUUGUACUUUGAAGCGGGUUUGGAAGGUUUCUUACUGUCCCUGUUGCCUGGCGAUCUGAAAGUUCUUUCUUCGUCUUUCCGACUUGGUUGUUUGUCCGAUUUUUGGGCUUCUCGGAGUUCUUCAAUCUCCAUUUGUCCUGCCGCCCUUUCUCGGAACUCCUCUAGCGUCUUCGGCUUUGUUAUAGCGAUGGUCUCCCGAAAUUUGCCGGGCCUGAGACCGGCCUUCAGAGCGUGUAGGUGGACGGCUGGGUCCAAGUCCUGGAUCUCCAUAGUGGCAUCCGCGAAUCUGGUCAUGUAGUCUUUCAGGCUCUCGUGCUGGCCUUGUUUGAUGGUGUCGAGAUAGUCCGAUCCGUGUACGUAGAUUCUUGACGCGGCAAAGUAAUCGAUGAAUGAUCUGGCAAGAUCUUCGAAGGAGGAAAUUGAUCCUUCAGGGAGUUUAGAGAACCAGAGUAAUGCAGCACCGUCGAGGUAGGUAGGGAAUGCUCGGCAAAGGACGGGCUCGUUCUUAGGGCCGUUGAAAAACAUCAUUGAUUGGAACUUCUUUAUGUGGGCUCGGGGGUCGCCGAACCCUUUGUAUGGCUCCAGUGCGGUUGGGAGAGUAAAGUUUUUUGGCAUCUGAUAAUUUGUGAUCUCUUCGGAGAAGGGGUUGUCGAGGGUGAGCUUCUCCUUUGGCGGGGCAAUGUUCAAAGGGUCUGUAGCACCUUGAGCCGAGUUUUUGGAGCUUUCUCCAUUGUUCUGCAUAGACAACUCGGCUAUUCUUCGUACUUCCGCCUGCAGCUCGGCAAUUCGAGCCAGGAGGUCAUCCUGUGAAAGUUGUGGACUUUCCUUGUCAGCCAUGUUCGAGGAUCGGGAAUCCUGCAAAAUAGGGUAGAAGACUAAACAAAGGAAAAAGUGGGGUUAGAAGUAUCGGGCCCCACGGUGGGCGCCAAGUGAUUCGUCCGAACACUAGGGAGGCCGAGCUUAAGCACUUCCGAGCAAGUCGUCAACCGGGAGGAAGAGCUUUACGUCGGCCAAGGUCAAACACCGCGACGGGAAUACCUGCAAAAGAUACUCCGACGCUCAAGUUAGUAAUAAUCUCAGAGAAGAGAGAGAGAGAGAGUAAUUAAGUGAGAGUGAAAUAAGUGAAUAUGAGAACUGAUAGUGGAACCUGAUUUUAGUCGAGACUAUUAGUCCGGAUUUAUAGGAAUUGUUUUACCGUUUUCAUAUGGAUAAGUCCUAGUUUAUAGGUUGGUUAUAAUAUUCUGUUUAGGUGCUAUAAACCAGCUGAGCACGUUUCUUAUUUUCAGCUGGGUGAUGCUGCUUCGGUCCUGAUCACGUGCCGAGCUUUUCGGACGGCUGAUACGGGACUUACUGUGCAACCGAGGAUAAGGGUGACGUAUCAGUAGUGGUUUGGACUUUCUUCAUAGAUAGAAUUAAAGAAUAAAACAUAUAUGUUCUUUUCCCUUUGAAAUUGAUAUUAAGCUCUGAAUUUCGUAGUUUUGGAAACAUGUGGCUGCACUGCAGGGGUUCGAUGUAUUCCUUUAACCGCAUCUCUGGUUGGUUUUCUAAUUUAUAGCUUUUAGUUUUAGAAAGCUAGUAAGUUGAAUGCAUGUGAAGGUAGAAUGAGUCGAUCUUAGUUAUCAGGAAAUUGUAGCUGCACAAAUAGCAUCUUUGCGAAAAACAUAUUAGCAUGAUGAUUCCACUUGCAUCAGCUCCUUCCUGUGAGGUUUAACUGUAAAUGUGAACUGGUUAAUUUGGCAAUUGUUCUUGUACUGUUGGUUUGGACCUAUAUUUAAUUUUUUUUUUGUGAUUCUCUUCAUAUGGAACUGGUAACGGGAUAAUGGGCAAAAUUGUUGGGGUACAAUUUUUUUUGUUAACGGAUUGGAUUGUUGUGUGGUAACCUGGUAGAUUUUUUAUUGAGGUCUUAUUCUUGAUUAUUUGGGCAGUUAUUGUUCCGGUUUAGGUGUUGUGUUUGAGAUUAUUGGGGGACUUUGGUGAUCAGGAAUUUAUGGUAUGUGUCUUGGUGUCUUUCUGUCAAAGCAGAGAAACAGUGCAUUAUUUUGUUGUUUUCAUUUUUGUUUUGUUUCAGAUAUCAAUUUUUUUCUCAUCAUUGCUCAAAUUGUGGGUGCUGUUUUGCUGGUUUUGUUGUGUUUAUUUUCCGUCGGAAAUGCAUUUUAUGUGAUGAAUGCCGAAAUUCUGAAGGGUUGGCGGCUGUUUAUGUUUAGUUAAUAGGAAUCAACUAUCUCUGAUUGAUUUUUAAAUUCCGAACCUCGUUCUACUGCUUGUGUUGUCUGUGAAAUCAAUUUUGUGUUUGUGUUGCAUUUUGUGAAUGAUCGGGUGAAGCAUAUAAGAACUUAGAAUGAAAACUAUGUCAAUAGUAUUACUCUGGUGGGUGUAGUCUCCCACAAGCUUGAAUAUACUUUUGAGGAGCGAAUCGUCUCUGUUUUUUUAUUAGCAUAUGUUUGGGCAUUGCAUUUCAUUGUAAUUUGUGAAGGAAGUCUCGUUAGCUUCCCCUCUCGAAUAAACCCUCACAGCCCCUUCGUUGGAACUUUCACUUUCGUUUUCAAUUUGAAGUAAUAUCUCUCGGUUGGUCUUCCCAAAAUUUUCGGCAUUUAAUUACUUAACCCAUGUAACCAUAUCUAUUCCAUGACUCUUUUAUCCACGUGUACUAAAUUUAAAACCAAUUCACAUACUAACAACAAUCAUGCCAUCUUAGUGAAACCAACUGUAAACCUCAUGGCCAA